AUGACGAUGUCAAAGCUUCUCUCAAAAGCAGCUGCUCGUGCAGCAUCUACAUCCACUGCGACGCAGACAACCAAAGCCGCUGGUGACAUCUCGUCGGUUUUUCCAAGUCUAAGACCGGACUAUAAGCCAGAGCCUCUUCCCCCGCGGUUUCAAGACUUGAAGCGCAGGCUCUUUGAGAAGAAUGAAAAGGCUUUGACCGAGAGCUGGAAGAGAUUGCUACCCAGUUUGGAGGAAGAAGUAGACAAGAUUCGGACAAAGGGCAGUGACAUUAUUCCUUCUGUGGACUAUGCUGAUGUCGUCUCGGGAACAAUUUCCGAAUCGACAAUGAAAGAGAUCCGCCAUCGCGGUACUGCCGUUAUCCGAAAUGUCAUUCCUCGCGACAAGGCUUUGGAUUAUAAGCAGCGUAUCCGUGAUUACAUCGCUACCAAUAGAGAGCGGGUUAAGGCAUUCCCGGCUGAUUCACCAGCUGUCUAUGAGCUCUACUGGACUCCAGGUCAAGCAGAAGCUCGUGCCCAUCCUAACAUGCUCACCACCCAGCGUUUCCUCCAACGCCUGUGGCACUCAUCCGACCCAAAGACAAAGCUGUCAACGUCCAAUCCGCUCACUUAUGCGGAUCGUCUGCGCAUUAGAGAUCCCGGUGAUGCCAAGUUUGCCCUCGGACCACACGUUGAUGGUGGCUCACUUGAGCGUUGGGAAGAUCCCGAGUACUCGAGCGUGUACACCAAGAUCCUGGAGGGCAACUGGGAACAAUAUGACCCGUGGGAUGCAAAGCACCGCCUAAAUGCCAAGAUGGAUCUGUACAACGGUGCUGGCGCCUGCUCCAUGCUUCGCUUUUUCCAGGGCUGGAUGUCCAUGUCCGACACUGCCCCCGGCGAGGGCUCUCUGCGUGUGUGCCCUAUGAUUGUUCACAGCACCGCGUAUACAAUCCUCCGUCCUUUCUUCGAUGUCCAGAGCCAACAACCCAGUUUGGAUUCCACCUUCCCUGGUUCUGUUCCCGGUGCAUGCCAGGAGUACAACCCGGUGACCCAUCCACAGCUGGAGUUGGAGACGACCAUGGUGUCGGUGCCGACGGUUGAACCCGGUGACUUUGUUGCAUGGCAUUGUGACAUGCUCCAUUCAGUCGAUAAGGAGCACCGUGGCAAGGGUGAUUCUAGCGUGCUCUAUAUCCCUGCCACUCCUGUGUGUGACAUGAACAUCGACUACCUUCUCAAGCAGCGUCAGGCUGCUAUUGAUUACUCACCCCCGUGGGAUUUCCCUGGUGCUGGUGGCCCUGGCGAGUUUGGUUUCAAUGGAGCUAUGGAUUGGUCCUCACUAAACGGUGAUGGCCAGCGAGCAAUGGGCCUGGGUAACACGCCUUGGGAGAUUACCGAAGCUAUGACCGAGGGCGAAAAGGGAGGCCGUGCGAUCGGCCAACAGGGCUUGCUUUGGCCUGUAACAAUAUUUGUGCCAUCAUUGAAACGGAGUUAG